UGGUUCGUGUUUGCUCUGGUUCGCAACCAUGGUGGAUAAACCUAAGAUUAUAGAGCACGUUACUAAAUCUUUAGAUUACACAUUAUUCGAUGCACGAUGGAUCCCUUGCAGUGCACGAUUUGUAGUUCUUGGAAACUUUGCGCGUGGAACAGGAGCUUUGCAAAUAUACGAAGUUUCGAAGGGGGAACUGAAACUUUUGAAAAAUGAAGAGAAGAGGACAGCACUAAAAUGUGGAACAUUUGGAGCCUCAAGUUUACAACAGAGAUAUCUUGCAACAGGAGACUUUGAUGGGAAAAUGAUGAUUUGGAAUCUUGAAAACACAGAGAGGCCAGUUUAUUCUGUGAAAGCUCACUCACAGAUUGUGAAUACUAUUGAUGGUGUGGGGGGUCUGGGAAUUGGUGAGGGAGCACCAGAGAUUGUCACUGGGAGUAGGGAUGGAUCUGUAAAAGUUUGGGAUCCUCGUCAGAAGGACAAACCUGUGGCCAACAUGGCACCAGCUGAAGGUGAAGAGGGACGUGACUGUUGGUGUGUGGCAUUUGGAGAUGCUUACAAUACAGAAGAACGUUCAGUUGUAGCAGGCUACGACAAUGGUGAUAUAAAGAUGUUUGAUCUUAAAAAGAUGACUGUCCGAUGGGAGACAAAUGUUAAAAAUGGGGUUUGUGGAAUUGAAUUUGAUAGAAAAGAUAUCAUGAUGAACAAGCUAGUGGCUACCACAUUAGAAUCAAAAUUUCACGUGUUUGAUGUAAGAACACAACAUCCUGAGAAAGGAUUUGCUUCUCUCUCUGAGAAGGCUCACAAGUCUACAGUUUGGUGUGUCAGACAUCUGCCACAAAACCGUGAAAUUUUCAUGACCUGUGGUGGGUCUGGGUCCCUUAAUCUCUGGAAAUACUCAUAUCCAGACCAGCGGGUGACAAAAGAUGCAAAAGACUUGGAUAUGGGUGUUAUGGGUUCUGUAUCAAUGUUGCAAAAUGCCAGUCUGUCAACUCAACCAAUCACUUCCUUUGACUGGAGUCCAGAUAAGGAAGGGCUUUGUGUGUGUACGGCACUUGACCAGAGUUUAAGAGUCAUUAUUGUAACAAAACUCAAGACUGUGUGACAUCACUACUAGCACCUACCCUCCUCAUGAUCACCCAUCACAUAUUUUUAUUUAUAAGAAGUUCAAACUGUAUCACAAUAUUCCAUGUAAAUAUAUUUUGUAGAGGUUCUUGGCUGUGGACUGAUACAUGUAAUAAAAUUAUUUGCAGCUUUUUGAAA